UUUAGCGAAUAGCGCUCGCGAUUCGUUCGUCGAAUCGAUCUUGCUCGCUCAUUCAGUCUACAAUUGGAUAUACUGCCGUGUGGUCGUGUUGCGUUUAUUUCGUAUCCACCGCGUCACGACUUGUUUACGCUUACAAAUCUAAUCACAAUUCGUAUUCUUAUUGGUGCGUGAUGGACACAACAGUUAUCUGUUUUAUAAUUUUAGAACGUUCUCUCAUACAGUAACUGAAUUUUGACCUUGUUUGCGCUAGGUGAAGAGAGCGUCGCGGAUGCUAUCUGUGAAGUGCGUCAGUGCUGCUGUGCGCUUGGACUUUGAAGAUAUGUCGACGUUAAGUGUGAGAGCUCCCGGCCUACAGGCCACCACUGUGCUAGACGCGAGGUCGCUGCGUGCUCGCGGAGUGACCACACUCGAAAGUGUCAGAAGGAACCUGUUUGGUUGUACCGACAGGGAGGAAAAUAGGCGGUUCGUGGAAAGGGAACUGGCGAGGCAAUCGGAAAUCGACAACCAGAGAUGGGAGUACGACUUCGCGAAUGACAAGCCUUUACCUGGCGCGCAGAGAAUUACUUGGCAACUGGUCCCUGCGUCUUCGAUUCCUGCUGUCCUGAGAAGUGCACCGAUAACCAUAUCUCCUCCUACGCCAAGUUCGACUCCCCAAGAGUCGAAAGUCGUCUCCAGUCCCGAGAACAGUAAAACACAGAAGAGAAUAACAGAUUUUAUGAAGACUCGCAAACGGUUAUCGAAUACGGGCAAGAAAUCUCCGGCGCACACGCAUAAGCACGAGUGCGGGCAUGGUGCCCACAUCCGUCCCCCGAAGGUGGCGAGGCUUGCGCAGGCGCAUUUCAAACGAUCUAGCUAGGCGUUUCUCUUCUCCACAUCGUAACUGGAUAGAACAUCGAAUAUAAUAUUUUUUUUUUACCGGGCAGCUACACAGAUCAUGAUAGACCAGUGUAAAAGUACAUCAUGGAUUUAUAUUUCAGUGGGAGUUGCAAUGUGUACAUUUUCUUUUAAUUUAUUUUGAAUGUUAUAACAUUUGAUUGAAGAGCACGCAUGAAUAUAAUAAUGUUAAGUAAUUCGUAAAAGGCUGUCAAAUGUAGUUAGUGGUUUAAUUUAUUUUAUAAUUCAGGACAGAGAUUUUUAUAUUACGAUCUAUUGAUAUACACUAACUCAUUUGAUAAUUCCUGCAUUAUAAUUUGUGUUUGUCUUAUGAAGUAAAAUAGUUUCAUUCGAUGUAUGUUAAGAUCCUCUGAUUGUACAUUAUCCAUUUUUUUUUCUUCUCCAUUUUGUCACAUCACAUUUUGUUAUACAAACAAAAAUAGCUUAAUUCAAUAUCCUUCUUUCUUUUUAGAAAGAACGAUGUUCAAAUGAGUGAUUUUUGACCAUGAAAUAUUAUAUUCUUCAAAGCGUUGCAAUAAUAUAACAUUACUGAUAUUAUUUUUUAAGUUUAUUAUGAUGAUCUCUUUGAAAAAUAAGUAACUUAAGUUAUGUAGGCUGAUAGUUGUAGAAUGAUAAAUAAGGCCCAAAUAUAGCGUUCAGUUUAAAUUAUUCUAAGCUUACGUUAAUCGCGUCUAUAAGGUUCACAAAUUCAACAAAGUUUUGCACUAUUUUGAUGUACGGUGGAAAUGAAAUUUCUACUAAGUCCAUCGGAAUAUUUCGGUCCAUAACAAUGUUUGCUGUCUCGAGAAAUUUUAUUUCUUUUGUAUCCUUGUUACGCCCCAUACCAAACUUAUACUCAGGUACUCCAAUUUUUUUUUUUUAUUUCCAAUAAUAUAACCCUAAAGUAAUUUCCAAGUGCUCUUUUAUCGAUUACACAUAAUACAUAUUGCUUUUUCUGAUUUUUGUGUCAACCAAUUCUAACUCUGGUAACCUAAGGGCCAUACAGGAAGGGAAAUCCGCCAGCAUUUUGUCACCUCAUAGUUAAUAAGUUAUGAUAGUUUUUAACUAGGAUUAUUGUUUAUGUCAUCUUUUAAGAUCUGCUUUCCUUUAAUAUUUUUUUUUCACAUGUAUACGUUUACCCAUUCAUAAAAUAUUCAUAAAAAAGUCAAACUUCUCUUAAACCUAUUUUAGCUAUUGAACUAUUUCGCCUCUUUGCCCCCUGUGUAAAAAAAAAACUUUAAAUUCCCAAUUUGAAAUAAAGUGACUAAAUAGUGCAAUAGUUAGAUUUGUACAAGGUUUAAGUUUUUAAGAAUAAGAGGUUUAAUUUAUAAUUAAAAACUACUACCUUUAUUUCUUCUUGGUUCAAAUAAAGUCUUGGAGUUCCUGAGAAUAUGCCAGCGUGAGGGAUGCAAAAGAUAAUUUCUCUUUCCACUCUAACGCAGAUUAGUUUAAGCGAAAUACAAAUACUCAACAAACGAGAACCUUGCGUGAUUAUUAUAAACCAUUUGACAACAUUUAGACUUUAACUUGAAACAAUUUUAACGAUGCAUUGAGUAUUUGUGUUUUAUUCUCCAACUAUUACAGAGUUAGGUUAACUUAGCACAUAUUCUAGGUAUGUUUGUUUUGUUGUUGUAUUUUAAUGGAUUAUAUUGACGAUUGUUUUUAAUAUUCGAUAUCUAAAAGUUUAGCUGUAAUUUAUCCUGUUUGAAUAGUGCUUAAAUUUUUUUUCUCCUGCAAACACACCGAUACAGUAAUUCGAUAAAAGCCGCGACCUUAUAAAAGUACAAAUUAAUUCCACGAGCUCUAGGUAAAGAGGUCGCGGUGUACACGACGAAAAGACAAUAUAAUUAUCAUUCAUCGUUAUUUUUAGUUAUUUAAAACAUUAUAUUAUAAUUUUAUUAAGUGCUACAUUACAUACACUGGGUAUGUUAUUAUAUUGAUGCAGAUCAUGUAUAAUUAAUGUAUACAGAAUGCAUAACCAAAGUACUCAGUCGACAAUAUUCGACAUUGCCAAUGAAAUAUUAAAUGAAAUUCAUUUGACGAUACAGAAUCAUAGCUAUUUACAAUAAUGUAAUGUUACUAAACGUAUAUUUUCUUUGACGUGUGACCAAGUGUUCGUUUAAUUUAUGGCAUGUUUAAAUUGACGUUAUCCUUGAUUAUUAUGAAUUAUGUACUAGUGAGGUCUCGCUUGUGAACGCACUACGUAUAUCAGAACUUUGAGAAUUGUAAAAUUAUUUAUGUGUCGACUUGUAGUCUGGUAAACUUGUAGACUAGACGACAUACAUAAAUAGUGUUAUUAUAUAAUAUUUACCGAAAUUACAGAACAUUUUAAAAUAAUAAAUAAAACAUUAAACAGCAUACUUCUAUUCCAUUAUUUAUUUGUAUACAUUGGUCGAGUUUCUUAAAUUAUGAUUAGAAAAGAGUAAAGAUAUUUCCGAAAUUUCUAUGACUAACACUACCAUUGAUUUACGGGUUGUAAAAUGCAUAGUUCCAGUUUUAAUGAAAAUUUAAUAGAUUUAAAACAAAUAAAAGAAUUACGAGUAAUUGCAUAAUCUAAUAAUAUCUCAGAUAUUUGUUUGAAAAACGAAAAAAAUCUUGUUAUUAAUUAUACUUUAAAUCGAGCCUUCAUUUGCGAGACCACACCAAAAAUUUUGAUAUAAAUUUUGUUAUUAUACUAUUUUUUUUUAUGAGAAUUCAAUGCUUUAUUAGAAGUACGGGAACAAUUUGUGUCCGGAUCAUCAACGAAUUCAUUUGUCCACAUCCAAGUCUUCAAGUUCACCUACUUAAAUGUCCACUCCAAAUACGCCGACGGGCGCUGUAACAUAAUUUUAAUUUAAUAUUCUAUCAUAACACCUGUGAUGUAUUAAAUAUGAUCUCAAACCAUAAUUUAAAUAUACGCAACGUCAUAUUUAAUUGUUUAAAUAAGUGUUAGUUACAUUAAGUAACUAUAAAACACCUGUAUCCCUGUGGCAAUGAAUGAGAAACAUUUAAUACAUCAGAUAAUUUUAUAUUGUUUAAACGUUAGAGUUAUAAUAAGAGGGUCUUCUCUUGAAGAAAUGUAUGAAAUAAAAGGUGACGGCGCGGCGAAAUGGUCUCCGUCGCACUGUACAUAAUGCUGAUACACGUGUAUUUAUUGAGAGCGGUGCACCAUUACGCUGCGACGUUAGUAGGGGAUACGAAAAUUAUUAAUAUAUAACUAUAUAUAUAUAUAUAUAUAUAUAUAUAUAUUUAAAGCCGCAGAGGCGAUCUAAACACCAUUGUGCCAAAUAACUAUGUUUUGUCACAUAUUAAUGUGCGUACUUCUCAAUUGUGCGAAGUUAUUUGGAGAACAGGUUUGGUUUGCUCAUAAUAUGUAUACUUUUUACAUUGGCGUGGUUCUCUUUCAAAUGCUUAAAAUACACAUACUUGAGUUCAUAGGCUACGGUAAUUGCUUACCAUCAGGUGGGACGUAUGCUUGUUUAACACCUCAAUGUUUAAUAAAAAAGUCCAUCUCUCUUCUACUGAUGUAACAGAUAAAACGUUACAUUGUUGACAUAUUUCUGUUCGGGUAUAAUUUGUUAAUACAUUAAAUUGACAAAAAAUAACUUAAAUAAAAUUAAAAAAAGGACUACCUAUGUUACACUAUAUCCCGUAUGGAGCAGCCAAAGAGAACUAUGCUUCUGUAAACUUAAUUAAACGCGCAAACCAUUACCGUUUGUAUAUAUUGCGCGGGAAAUUUAUUCAUAAUUAUAUAGUGUUUCGAGUAAGUAAUAUGUUUUAUGUAUAAACAACUUAAUUUAGUUAAAAAAGCUUAUUCUAA